AUGGCGUCCCAGGCUUGGCUCCGUGAUCUGUGUGCUACGGUACACGCCGCAGAUAUCAGCGUUGAUACAGAUGUUGCGCUUCAUGAACAAUCACUACCACCAAGCAAAGAUCCAUGGUAUCAACCACCUCAAGGAUGGGAGUCCAAGCAACCAGGCGAUAUUCUUCGUAUUUCGUCUGUACCAAAGCUCUCGGAAAUUGUGGGCAACUCUUCAGCUACCUACCACAUUUUAUAUCGAUCCACAGACUCCAGGAACGAGCCAUCAUGGGCUGUCACCACACUGUUUAUUCCCUCAACAACCUAUCAUUCUCCACAAGGCAAGAUGGCAGUGUUAUCCUAUCAAUUCGCCUACAACACGGCGAACUUUGACUCUUGCCCAUCCUUUGCUCUCUCCGGUGUUAUGGCGAGAAGUGAGCCAAGCCUUGGAAUAAAGUCGAGUACAUCGUUGAUCGAAGAGAUGCUUUCGUUCGGAUGGGUUGUGAAUACUCCGGAUCACUUGGGGCCAUUUUCUGCCUUUGGCGCGAGUGUUCAGGGUGGUCAUGCCACUCUUGAUGCCGUUCGAGCAGUCCAUCACUUGCUGGAUCUGGGCAAAUCCUCUGGCUAUAACACUACUAUCUGGGGAUACAGCGGUGGUUCGAUUGCCACUUUCGCCGCUGCAGAGCUUCAAUCAAAAUAUGCCCCUGAUGUAAAAAUUGACGGAACUGUUUUGGGUGGCUUUGUUGACAACGUCUCGGGCGACUUCGACAAGCUGAACAAGAGCCCGAUUGCUGGUGCGCUGGUAGCCAUUCUCCUGGGCAUCACGUCCCAAUACCCAGAGGCAAGGAGCUAUCUGGAAAGCCGUCUUAUCCCAGCCACGAAGGAUGAAUUUAUGUCCGUCCUAGAUACGGAGGUCACUGAGACAGUGAAGCAUUUCUCGGGACGAGACGUUUACUCUUUCUUCCAAGAUGGCGUCGCAGAUCUCAGGGCGCCUGAAUUACAGCAUCUCUACGAUGAACAGGCAAAACUAGGGUCUGGAAGAACUCCUCUAAUGCCGAUGUUUGUGUACAAGGCUAUAAAUGAUCAGUUCUGUCCAGUUGAGUGGACAGAUGCAACUGUUGUCAAGCUUUGCAAUUCUGGCGCUGAGAUCACCUAUGAAAGAAACACUAUUGGGAGCCAUGUUUCUGAAAUUGAGAACGGGAAGCCAAGGGCAUUCCAAUUUCUUUGGAGUAUCUUCGAUGGGUCGUAUGUGUCGCCUUCCGCAAAGCAGAGCGUUUUGGACGUGACAGUGGAUAUUUCCGAAUAG